GACCAGGUCCGCUCACUCUGUGUAUCUUCACAACGAAGGGCAUGUAUCGACUCCCGCACGCUAUCAACUACUGUAGCUAGCCCGUGCCAGACUCUCCGCGAGCUACUAGCGGGAGAAACGCAUACUGAUAGCCCAGCCCAUCAAUUAGCGGUAUGGCGCAUGCGCAGUUCACCGAGGGUUUGCACUUUAGUUCAAGAGGUAAUCAGGGCAGUCACCACAUCUUCUGUUCACUGUUGUUCAGGAUGCCUCUGUGGGUGGCAGUAUCUCCCCGCAGCAGGACAGGUUUCCAGACUACCAAGACACUCCUCCAACCCCCUCCCCUCCCACAAGGACCUCGCCACGCUCUCUGAGAAUGUUCCAGAUGUUGAGCGGAAAACUCCAGAUCCUAGUCACGAUACCACUGCCACACAACAGGACAGCUCUACUACUUAUCAGGGCACUCCUCUCACUCAACAGGACAUCCUUGAUACCACCCAGAUCACCUCUCGCCGGAGAAGGAGAAGUAGGAGUGUAUCACAGCCAUUUAUACGUCAUGUAAGGCAGUCGCUAAAGGGGGCACAGGAAGUAUAUCACGAAAUUGACAGAUACCUUAAAGCAACAGACAAGAAGGGGUCAUCAGGGGACCAAAGGCAGAAAGAACACUCAAGGAAUGACUGGAAAAGACAGACAGUUUGACAUUCCAUUUACAACUAUAAUAGUCUGUUUCUGUUCUUUUAGGCUGAGCAUGCAGUAAAGCCUCCAUUAAAGAGCUCUUUUGUCGCAUGCUUGGACAUCUCAACUCAGUACUCAUACAAUUCAAAUCUCAAAUCAGCGGAAUUGAUGUCACGUACUCAUAUGCAUCAUAUCCUAUAUGUAUGCAACACAUCCUAUUACGAGAG